CCAUACUCAAAUGUUCGUUUACGUUACAGUUUUGGCGACCCUCACUAAUCAUCUUCCCAUGAGCUCGCCAUCACCCAGGAACAAAGCAGCGUCGCCUGUGAACAAGGCCGAUUACAUGGCUGAGAACAUGGUUGAGUCUGUGCCGACAGCCGUGCCUGUUGAUCCGUCCACGGUGCCGAUGCAUCCAGGUGUGGACCACAACGGGUUGGUCGUGGGUCGGUGGAAGGCCGACGUCUUCGGCUGCUUCACUGACUGUGUUCCCAACUGCUUGAUGGCGUCGUGCUGCCCUUGUGUAUCCCUAGCCCAAACCGUCCACCGCAUCGGCAUGUACACGUUUACCAACGCGUUGCUCGUGUUCGGCGCGCUCUACGUCGCGACCUCGGUGCUGUCGAUCCUCCAGUCCUCGUCCAUGAGCUCGACGGUCGUAUACAACCGGUCGGGGUGGGUCGUGUACUCGACCACGUCGACCAUUUGGUCGUGGAUCUCGCUUUGCGUGCAAAUUCUGUCGAUUGUGCUCAUCAUGGUCAUCCGCAAACGCUUCCGCAUCACGUUCCAAAUCCCAGGCUCGGACUGCGACGACUGCUGCUGCUCGUUCUUUUGCUCAUGCUGUGUGAUGGCUCAAAUGGCCACACAUGCCGAAGCGUACACCCCUCACGAGUGCACGUUUGGCCCCAAGGACACGCUGGCUGGGUACCAGUUUUAACCCCAUCCAUCUGAAGAGUUGACACUGUGCAGAAGCCAGUGUACUGUACUCCUGGUAGGUAUAUAAUACGUUAUAUACCGUUGUCCGAGUGUCAAUAUGCGGAGUACUGUAUCUUUCAAUAUCAAGUCAAGUUGCACUUCGGCACUAGUGGCCUUGUACGGAUAAUAUCAACAACAAGCGGAUUAUGGUAGCCGAAGCCUCGCCGCGAGAAUUGAUUGGUCGGUCAGAAAUUUCGUUUUGGUGAUUGGCUAAAUGUUU